GGAAAGAGACGGUAGACUCCUGAAACUACAAAUCCAAGAAUGCACCUCACCGUCAGCCGGCGUAGUAUCCAGUCUGCCAGAAGUGAAAGGAAUGAGUGCAGUUCAAAAGCAGCGGAUUUAAGAGUCUGAAACCUUCAGGUGCAUCAUGUGGGCACGUGUGGGUUUGAUGGGUUCAGUGGCCCUCGGGUCAGUGUUCUGGUCUCAGAAGAAUAAGACUGAAACCUCUCCAUACGAGCUUAAAUUAAUUCAAGUUUUAUUCAGACACGGAGCGAGAACGCCUCUGAAAUCUAUACCAGAUGUUUUGGAGGCACAAUGGGUCCCUGAGCUACUUGAAGCACCAGCUCACACAGAAAUAGACUAUAUGGUUACAGACUUGCAGGGGGGUCCCAGACCCCCAGCUCCGGUGGAAGACAGCUACAGAUCCAAAAUAUUGACAGGUGGAACUUAUCCAGGUCAGCUGACCACAUUGGGCAUGCAACAGCUGUACGAUCUAGGAGUGAGGUUACGAAAGAAAUACAUACAAGAAGAGCCCUUCCUCACACCUUCUUUCAACCCUAAAGAAGUUUACAUUCGCUCUACCAACAUCGUCCGCACCAUUGAGUCGGCUAAGUGUUUGGUGGCAGGACUGUUCCAACAGGAACAAGCAGGUGUUGUGUCCAUCCUCACCGAUGAGGCAGAGAAGGAAAUCCUCUAUCCCAACUAUCAUGGAUGCAAGCUGCUCAAGCGGCUCAUUGGUCAUCGUUGGGCAGAAUCGUCCACAGUUCCUGACAUUGCUGCAGAUCUACAGAGCAUCCAGAGAGCGUUAGGGGUCGAUCCUCAUCAACAUCUCGACUUCAUCCUCAUUAGAGAUGACAUGGUGGCCAGGGAGGCCCACGGCUUGCCGCUUCCUACAGCUCUGGGGAACUGGAGGAGUAUCGUGGAGCAGAGAGCAGUAGAUAUGAUGUAUCACAUCUAUGAGCCCAGUAAGAGGCUGAAUUUGCAGAUGUGCGUGGGGCCGCUUUUCCACACACUCCUAACCAACAUAGAGGACAAAAUCCAAGGCACGAUGGCUAAACCUGACAGAAAGUUGUUCCUGUACUCUGUGCAUGACACUACACUGAUGCCAUGUCUCAUGGCUUUGGGGGUUUUUGACAUGAAAUGGCCACCGUAUGCAGCUGACAUCACACUGGAGCUAUACCAGCAUCGUCAAACCAACCAGCCUUACGUUAAAGUAUCCUACAUUGGCCAGGACCAAAAAAUCCCAGGCUGCAGUGACGUCUACUGCCCGCUGCAGGAGUUUAAGGAGGCACUGGCUGUUUACGCUGUACCUGAUGAUCGUUACUAUGGCCUCUGUGACAGUGUUGAUGACCAUCCCAAACUCUGACCUCUCAUUAGCUCUCAACUCAACCUUGCCCCAGAAAACGCACAGAUGUUUUGCACCAACCUGGUCUCUACAGCUCAGGUCUCUCCUACAACAUGGAUUCAAGUGUUCAUAUUAACAAAAGAGCAAUAUCAGAAGUCUUCUGUUUAAAUUGUCAGGUCCUUUCCUAUUCUUCAAAGAAACUGGUUCAUGACUCGUACACCGCAGAUAAACAUUUUCUCAUUUAUGCCAGUAAACAAAUUCUUUCACAAAUUGUCAUGAUAUUAAGCAAGCAUACAAUUCAAAGUAAACUUAUUGAUAAUGUGUGUGAAUUUGUGCACAGCUAUGGGAGUUAGUGUGGAAUAUCUUCAUUAGGUGCCUUCAUUUCAGAGUAUCAAGUCAUCUGAAAUCGCUACAGAUUUAGCUGAAACGUGAUAAUUUCAACAAUAUUUGAUGUUUUAACAUCAAAUUAAGUGCUGUUAAAUGUAAUAUGCAAGCAGAAAUUGUGAAAUUUUUCUUACACAUUCACUACUGAGAUGCUUAUUAAAUUAAGAUACAAUAAAAUAUCUUGUGUUUUAAUUGUA